AUGUUUUCUUUUCUGGACGGAUUAUUUUCUUUUCUUUCUUUCCUUCCUGUCUUUUCUUUUCUUUCUUUCUUUUUUUUAAUACCCUCUUGUUUUUUCAUUUUGUCUUCUUUCUUUCUUCCCUUAUCUCCUUUUCCAUUCUUUCUUUCUCCUCUUUUUCUUUUUUCGUCUUUUUUUAUUUUCUUUCUUCCUUUUUCUUUUCUUGAUUUCUUUUCUUUUCUUUUUCUUCUUCUUCUUUUUCUUUCUUUCUUUCUUUUAAUUUCCUCUUUUUCUUUAUUUUUCUUCUUUCUUUCUUUUCCUCUUCUCCUCCUCUUUCUUUUCUUCAUUGUCUUCUUCUUUUAUUCUCCUUCACUUUCUUUCCUUUGUCUUUCUUUUUUUGAUUUCUUCUUCUUCUUUUUUCCUUUUCUUUCUUUUCUUUUUCCUUUUUUUUCUUUAUUUUCUUUUCAUUUUUGUUUCUUUCUCUUCGCCUUUUCCAUUCUUUUCUUUCCUUCCUCUUCUUCUAUUUUCUUCUUUUCCUUCUCCUUUCUUCUCCUUUGA